AUAUUUGCGCGAUAUUUGAAUUAUCCGGAUUAUACGGAUGCAACGACUUCAUUUCGACAACUGUGUCAGAUUCCAGCCAACAUGCGAUUGCCGCACGUUCUCGUCGUGGUGGCCGUCCUUGUGUCCAUGGCACAUGCGCAGACUGGAGAGCUACCGGGUCAAUCAAAGGGCGCUACGGAAGUUGUAGUUAAGGCGACGACGACGACUCUGCCUGUAUCGACAUCGACGUCGACGGUAGCAACGGUAGCAGCGACCACACGAGAAACCUUUGCCCCCGAUGAAUACCAGCACCAAGACCCCAACGUCCCUCGCUAUGGCGAAACCACCAAGGUGCAGGAUGACUUCAAUCCGUACGCGGGAGAGGAGGAUGCUGCCAAAGGCAUGGGAGUGUUGGGCAAGGAAGCGCCGCCCCUGUCGGACGCGGACGUGGACGACGAAGACGAGAAGCUCAGUCGCUUCGACUUUGACCCGUCGGAAGGGUUGACGUUCUUCAUCGAACCCCGCGAGACGAUGUGCUUCUACGAAGACAUCAAGUCCUUGGGGGAUACCGUCGGGGGAGCAUACAUCGUGUCUACGGCGAGCUCUGCGAUCGACGUGGACAUCAAGGACCCGUACACGAACACUGUGUUUCAGCGGUACGGCGACGCGGAAGGGACGUACGAAGUGCACCCCGACGUCACGGGUCUGUUUGAAGUGUGUUUUACUAACAACGACCACCAAGCCAAGCUCGUAACCCACGUCACGAACACGCUGCAGUCGCAGCACCCCGUGGAAAAAGAACACGUGAGUAUCCUGGCCAAGUACGCGUCGCACUUGGACAUUCGACUCGGCGAACUCGAGUCGGAACAGCGCUUGAUGCAGCUGCGCGUGGAUCGUCACAUGAAGAGUACGUUGAGCUAGCGGCGGCGUGUCUGCAUAUAUAUACAGACUUGAUGGAGUCAUUUGUAGCGGAGAAGAGCACGAACGACCGCGUUUCCCUGGCGGGGACGAUCGAGAGCAUCGUGUAUGUCGUGUGUGUGUUGCUGCAGGUCGUGUACAUCAAGCAGCUGCUCCGCAGUCCCCGCUCAUCCCGCAGCUGGGCGUAAUAACUCCCCGCUUACAUACUGGUCAAUAUGAUUGCAUUGCAACCCCUCUUUCUCUGGGUAGUUAUCAUGUUUAGCAGGAAAUCAUUUCCUCAUUUC